AUGGGUGUGGACCGGAUGCUUAAUCUAAUCAGCUUGCAGCUACAAACUCGAACGGCAGCUAAGCUCGACCAAAGCAACACGACCAUCCUCCAGCAGCUUGAUAACCUUCACCUGGUAACUGUCUCAAAGCCAGAUACCAGGCAAAAGCAUACUAGGGCAGAAACAAUCAUUCCAUUCAUUGGCAACCCAAAAUUUAAUCAGAUAGAGUCGAACUUUGGGACUGGGCAGCCCAGAGUUGCUCUGUGCGGGCUUGGGGGUGUUGGGAAAUCGUUGCUCGCUCUAGACACUGGUGCGAGCUUUGGGAUAGCAUACGGCAAGAUCGCGGCGGCCUUCAAUAUCUCGCACAGAGAUAAUAAGGAGCGAAACAACUUCCAGCUAGUCAAAGACUAUUUCGAAAAUCAGUACCCAUUCAAGUGGCUAAUGAUCAUCGAUAACGUCGACAGUGCACCUGCCUUCUUCGAAGAAAAGCUUCGCGGUAAACCUUUGAUUGUUUAUGGCCCUCAGGGUAUCGAUGGUGCAGUUCUAUACACCUCAAUAAAGCGUGACAUGGGCGUGGACCUCACCUUGGAUCAAGACCCUGUAAUGAAUAGAUCGAUGGAUCCGGAGGAGACCGGACAUUAUUUGACCGACGUCUCCUGA